AUGUCGAGCCUCGACAAACCUCGAGAGGAUCAUGUUUCAGAAAAGGCCAAGAGCUCUAGCUCUAAUCUCCCCGAGAUAGAAAAAGCUGCAACUCUUGAUACCAUUCACAAUGACGAGGCCAUCAAGGUCCUUGCCAAUUACACAGGCGACGAGACAUGGACUGAGGAGGAGGAGAAGAAACUCAUUCGACGUAUUGAUUGGAAACUAAUGCCAAUCCUGUGUGUCACUUACGGACUUCAGUAUUACGAUAAGGCAAUGUUCUCGCAGGCGGCACUAUUCGGUAUUCGAAACGAUUUGGAACUGAAUGUUGGAAACAGAUAUGCUUUUUCAGCUGCUAUUCUGUACCUGGGAUUCAUUGUUGGGGCAUAUCCGGCAAUGACUCUUGCUCAAAGAUUUCCAAUAGAGCGAAUCGCUUCCACAAUAAUCACACUAUGGGGGAUCUGCUUGAUUCUAACGCCGGUGUGCUCUAACUACCGAGCAUUGUAUGCGCAGCGAUUCUUUUUGGGAAUGCUAGAAAGUGGGAUUAGUCCGAUGUUCAUGCUCGUGGUGGGAGGAUGGUACAAAAAGAAUGAGCAAGCAUUCCGGAUGGGGAUCUGGUAUAGCUGUACCGGCUAUGUUUCUAUCUUCUCGCCGCUCAUCAAUUACGGUUUGGGUCACAUCAAAGGCUCACUUUCUCCGUGGAAAUACAUGUAUCUCGUUGCGGGAGCUAUCACAAUCACCUGGGGAAUUAUUUUGGUCUUCCUACUACCAUCUGAUCCAGUCAGUGCACGUGGGUUUAACGACCGCCAGCGCUAUAUUGCAGUCGCCCGACUCAGGGUGAACAACUCUGGCGUUCGAAAUACACAUUACAAGAAAGGCCAGGUCUUUGAGCUUCUUGGCGACCUCAAGUUCUGGCUCAUCUUUCUAACCGCGCUUCUGAGCAUGAUUGCAAAUGGCCCCAUCUCAACAUUCAUUCCAAUCAUCAUCAACUCCUUCGGGUUUAGUACGCUGAACUCCCUGCUUCUUGUCAUGCCGCAGGGCUUCCUGGGCGGCUCUUAUCAGCUCCUUGCACCUUACCUAGCUUAUCGAUUUUCUGAGAAGGGUAUUCGGUCAUGGAUUGUCUUCACUGCUCAGAUGAUCACUACUUUGGCAGCUAUUUUAUUGGUCGCGUUGCCGCUGGAUGCAACAGGUGGCUUGCUUUUUGCGUGUUACAUUCUUCCUGCGGUUGGGGGUGGUUAUGCCGUGCUUAUGGGGUUGCAAAUUGCCAACAUUGCGGGAUACACAAAGCGAUCGAUUGCUUCCUCUGGUCUUUAUAUUGGAUACUGUCUCGGAAACUUCACGGGACCUCUCGUCUACAAGGAGAUGGAUGCCCCACGCUAUGUUCCAGGCUUUAUCACAGUUGUUGUUACAUCGUUUGCUGCCGGUAUUACGGUCUUGCUUUAUCGAUUCGUCUGUGUGUGGGAGAACAGGAAGCGAGAUGAGUCGGGUAUAUCCGAGGGCUACGAGAAUGCUUACCAGGAUGAUCUGACGGAUAAGACAAACCCCCAGUUCAGGUAUAUAUUGUAA